GUCAUCAUUAAAUCAUCUGGCUCGAUGUUUGCUGUACAUGCAUACAUGUGAGAGCAUGGAACGACAACUCUGCGGGAUGCAUCACGUACUGGACAUAGUCUAAAUAAAAAGCAGACACCACGAACAAUGAUAAGGAUGGAAUAUCCCUGGAGUUUAUUCCUGCUCGGAGCAUAUUUCUUCUGCGGUUUAGGACCAUCAGUUGCACAGUGUCCCAUAUACCAAGUACAACAUACCACAACCACAGGGAAUGUCUGUUGUAAGCCUGUUCUGUUCUGCGAUAAAGGUUCACAGAUCAAGUUCUGCACAUCGAAUGGAGGAAGUGAUACAUGCGAGGGAUGUCCUCAAGGAUGGAGUGGAACGUAUAUAACCUCGUCCCUGGACGAGAAACCUGAGCAGUGCUUCCGCUACGUCAAAGAACACGAUAAAUGUGCCCUAGAUGACAAUGUCAGGGUUGAUAACUCAAAGGCAAAGCAUGGCAUGCCGUGCAGAUGUGAUGAGUCACGCUGUUACCAUGGCUCCCCCUCGGAGGCGGGCUGUACCUACAAGGAAUGUGGAGACAACUUUGAGUUGAACCAUACCACAGGAGACUGCAAACCUUGUGGACCUUUGAGAAACAAGACAGAAGCAUGUGGAUCAUGUUUAGUAAAUGAAACAGCAUGGAGAUUAUCUGAGGAGCAGAGAACUAAUUCAACAGCUAGCCCAAUAACAGCAACUAAACCAACAACAACAACUAAACCAACAACAACAACUGGCUCAACAGUCGUAUAUAAAGAACCAUCACCAACCGGUAUGUCAUCUCCAUCCAACAAUACUAUGGCAACCACUAUUUCACCGUCACAGGAAAAUGGCUACAAUAAAGAUGCAACUUUAAUAAUUGUGGUAAUCAUCCUGGUGGUCUUGUUGCUGAUAAGUACUGGUGUGGCAGUCUGCUUGUUUAUCAAGCGUAGGCUGGAGCGUAAUGAUGAGGAGUCUUGUCUUGUCCGCUGGUAUAGAAAGUGUCCCUGUUCAUCAAGACCAGUUGAAGUUCAAACUAGAGGUUAUGAAGAAACACCUUUUGUAGAAGGACAGUCCAAUCGGGACCCCAGAAUAGCUACUAUUAUGCCAAUGCUGCAAAGCGGGCAGGGCUCUUCCAACGGUGAAGCUGUUCAUAAUGGACAUAAUGGAGCUGUCAGUUUGGCCUGUGUUCAACCACUGAUAAACAAGGGACAGCCUGCUGAUACUGAUGCUGCUGGUGAAAAUGAGGAGGAAACUCAAAUUAAAACUGAGGCUUGAGGGCGAACCAACUACAUGCAGUGACAGUAAACCUGGCCGCACGACUGAGAACAUGGAAGCUUAAUAUUAUUGAAUAAUUAUUGAUGAUUAAAAUUCAGCCUUUCAAAAUCAGUGUUCAUAUUCACAAGUGUUCUGAUUGGUCAAUAAACUGAAGUUGAUAUAUAAUUGAGAUUGAGAAAUAAGUGUUCAAAUUGGUCAAUAGUUCAGAUAAUUAUUGAGAUUAAGAAUGUCAGUUAUAAUUGGCAUGGCAUAAUAUUUCAGUUGUAAUUUAAACAGAUUCCUUAUAUGAUUUCCCUUUUUGAUGCUGUAUUUUUUAAAAUGCUGGUAAAAUGUGGACUAAGAGAUUGAAACACUGUAUUGUUUGUGUUACAAAAAUGUAUUAAUAAGCUCAGAUACAUGUAUUACAGAAAUUGUAAUACAAGCUGCUAUCUGUGAAAAAUAGGGCUUAAUGCAUGUGCCUAAAGUGUCAUCCCAGAUAACCGUGUACAGUCCACUAGAGGUAUUUUCCAUUUAAAGUAAGUAAUUAUGUUAGGAAAACUCUUGUUUGACGAGUGUUGUCCCUCAUUACUAGCCUGUGUGGACAGAGUGUCGUUCCUCAUUACUAGGCUGUGUGGACAGAGUGUCGUCCCUCAUUACAAGCCUGUGUGGACAGAGUGACGUCCCUCAUUACUAGGCUGUGUGGACAGAGUGUCGUUCCUCAUUACUAGGCUGUGUGGACAGAGUGUCGUUCCUCAUUACUAGGCUGUGUGGACAGAGUGUCGUUCCUCAUUACUAGGCUGUGUGGACAGAGUGUCGUUCCUCAUUACUAGGCUGUGUGGACAGAGUGUCGUCCCUCAUUACUAGGCUGUGUGGACAGAGUGUCGUCCCUCAUUACUAGGCUGUGUGGACAGAGUGUCGUCCCUCAUUACAAGCCUGUGUGGACCGCAUGAAACCAUGUUUUCCCAGAUUGAGGCUCAUAUGUUUGUUGGAGUUGUAGUUGUUAGCUCAAUAAACGCUCGGAUAAAUAUUUUUCCCUUUUAAACAGACUUUUAUCAUGGUCCUUGGGUCUUUUUAACAGCUGUUUUAUUAUUUUAAUAAUGUUACCAUGUUUGUGUAUAUAGUUUUAAUCCAUUUUAUAAACAGCUGAAGAAAAAUGUUUUACGUAAAAUAAUCAUUUUUUUACAAUCCAUUUAAGCUCGGCUGUUUUUGGAGAAAAACCCGAGGUAUUGUCAUAGCCAGCUCGUCCGUCGUCCGCGUCGCGCUGAAACCUUAACAUUGGCUCUAAAAUCAAAGUGCUUCCACCUACAACUUUGAAACUUCAUAUGUACCUGCACCUUGAUGAGUUGUACACGCCACACCCAUUUUUGGGUCACUAGGUCAAAGGUCAAGGUCACUGUGACCUCUUAUAUAAAACUUCUGAAAAGCUUUCAUUUUUUCAAAACUGCUCCCGCAGCCGAGCGUUGGCACCCGCUAUGUGGUGCUCUUGCUCAUGUAGACAGCUUAAAGGUAAUUUUAAAUUGACUAUGCCAUAUUUAAUUGAUUUGUAUUUACUGGAACUAUGUCAUAUUUAAUUGAUUUGUAUUUACUGCAGGUUCAUUCAUUUUUGUUGACAUGAAAUUUCAUGUAUUCAUAAAAUCUCACAUCUUUCUUUCAUCUUAAAUUGGUUUAUUUUUUAAUGUCUUAUAUAUGACUGCAAAUUUGAGCCUUCAAUAAACAAAUGAUAACAUUGUUAAGAGUACCUACAAAAAUCAACGAAAUUGAGUAUCAGAAGAAUUAAAAUGUGUUCACAUGAGAUGUUUAUCUCAUGUUUUCAUGUUAUGGACUUUAAUUGAUUUUGUGUUAUGGAUUAUAUUUUGUCUAUUUAAUUUCAUUUUUAGCUGAAAUGUUUGUUGAAUUAUUUAAACUCUGAUUUAUUUGAUCUUUUGUUCUAAUUAAAUUAAAAAACUUGAAAUUAUAAUGUCAAUAGUGAACUGAAAGUGAUUUUUCGUGAAGAUGAAAUGUUUCAUGACUUAAACUCAUCAUUGGUAACUUAUAUUCAGUGACGGCUAAAAUAAUUUUAAUUAUUUCAUUAUUUAAUGGACCAUAAAUCCUGAAACUGUAUAAGAAGGUUUAUUUGCCAUAUGUAUUGAUAUGAUUGUACUUUAACCCUUUGCAUGCUGGGAAAUUUGUCGUCUGCUAAAAUGUCGUCUGCUUAAUUUCUAAAAUUAGCAUUUUCUUCGAUUUUUUUCAAAGAAUAUUAUCAGAAUAGCAAACAGUUUGGAUCCUGAUGAGACGCCACGUUCUGUGGCGUCUCAUCUGGAUCCAAACUGUUUGCAAAGGCCUUCAAAAUUUGGUUCUCGCACUGAAAGGGUUUAUGAUACAUCAUGUUUUUUGCUUGAGCUGUAUAAAUAUCAUUGCAAGUCUUGUAGAAUCAUCACACUCUAUAAAAGCCACUACUUUUUUAAUAAUUGUAUAUUAUCAUUUAUCAUAUUCAUGUAAAAUGCUUGCUUGCAUACAAAAAGCGCUUUCAUGUAAUUGUUUUCUCCAGAUUCCAUAUCGCAAAGGGGCAUCAGUAUUAAUCAAUAUUUACUCAUGUAUAUAUCAAAUUAAUGUUUUUAACAAUCAAAGCCAUAUGUUAUGUUAAACAUUCAAAUAAAUAAUGAUGUUUUUAAUAUUUCCAUGUAAUGCACUUGUUUGAUAGUGGUUAUUUUCUUUCAAUGGUGUCUUACUCUGAUUUCCAGAUGAUCCAAUUAAUUAUUAAAUAAGCUAUAAAGAAAUCAAAGUCAGUCUUAUUUUGAUGAACGUAUUUGUAUCAAUUUUAUGCUACUAAGUGAUCUGGAAGGUAAAUCUACUUAAGUUGUUAUUGAAAUGGGAAGCCUUGAUCCUUGAUGUUUAAUGUACACUUCUUAUUACGAAGUUAAUUACUGGUACAAAGUUAACUGAACUUUGCUAAAGUUCUAAAAAUCAAAUCUAGAGUUAACCAUCCAUUCAAUUACAUUUUCCAAAGAACCAUUUAUAUAUUCAGUAUUUUAAGUCCUAUAUUUCAAAAGGAAUGAAAUUAUAUUUAUAAUUUUUACUUAAAUAAUGCCAAAAGGAGAUAUUUUUUUUCACCUGAGCUCAUGGUGAUCUGUUAUGAUUGUCUUUUGUCUGUUGUGUGUUGUCUGUCGUAUGUGUGUUGUCUGUCGUAUGUGUGUUGUCUGUGGUAUGUGUGUUGUCUGUCGUAUGUGGUCAACAUUUGCCUUGUUAACGCUUGAGAGCCACAGUUAUUGUCCUAUCUUCAUGAAACUUUUUCAGAAGAAUUUUCCAAAUGAAAAAUUAGAGGUAUUUAAAAUGGUACCUGUAGGUUAAAAAACAUGGUAGCCAGGGGGCGGGACACUUUCUUUACAUGGCUAUAGUUAAUCCUUGAUUACACUCCAAGUAACAUUUAUUGUCCAAACUGCAUGACACUUGGUCAGAACAUUUGUUCUAAUAAUAUUUUGGAUGAGUUCGAAAAUGGUUCCUGUCUAUUGAAAACUUUGCCGCAAGGAGGUGUGGCAUUUUUCCUAAUAUGGCUAUAGUAAAACCUUAUAAACUCGCUAGAAGAUACAUUUAUUGUCCACUCUUUAUGAAACUUUGUCAGUACAAUUUUUUCUCAUGAUAGCUUGUCUGUGUUAAAAAAUGGUUGUGGUUGGUCAAAAUAUAUGGCCGCCAGCGGCGGGGAAUUUUCCCUUAUAUGGCUCUAGUGAAAUCCUGUUAACACUCUUAGUCACAUUUUUAGUCCAAUCUUCAUGAAUCUUGGUCAGAACAUUUGUUCUAAAGAUACCUGAGCUGAGUUAAAAGAUGUUUUCAGUCCGUUGAAAAAAAUGGCAACAGUGGGCUGGGAAUUUUUCCUUAUAUGGAUAUAGUAAAACCUUGUUAACUCGCUAGUUGAUAUUUUGGCUAAGUUUUAAAAUGGUUUUGGAAACAUCUCAACAGUUGCUGAGAGCAGUUUAGUUCCUUAAAGUCUCAGUUGAGCGACAGUGGGCUUCUAGCCCUCUUGGUUAAGGUUAAGCAAUUGGUUACUCAUAGAAUCUAGACUGCUAACCGCAUUUCAAAAAUACUGGUAUUAUAUUUUCCUUUUUUUGAUUUGAAUGUUGCUCAAUUACAAAAUAAAUGUUAAUUAAAAUAUAUUGUUGAUGUAGUGAGAUUUUAACUAUGUAAUAUUUUAGGUUAGGAGAAGAUUUUGGAAUUUAUAAAGAAUACUGAAUAAAAUUUAAAAAAGCAA